AGCAAACACACUUUACUGAAAUCAGAAUUUGUUUGGAGUUAUUUCCUUAUCGGCUUUAAUGUGUUUAGGAGUAUUCAAAAUGUUGCCGAGAUAAAGCAUCGGAAUGAGUAUCCAACAACUUAUAUUUAAGAUGACAAGUAGAUCUUCUUCGUCCUUAAUAGCGAUCACAUUGCUAGCCAAUUUGAUGACAGUAAUCUCGACAGAGCCUAACGAAGUGGAAAUCCAAACUAGGCUGGGAAACAUAAUAGGAUUGCAGCAAGUAACAAAUAAAGGAACUGUAUAUCAGUUUCUCGACGUACCUUACGGUAAACCUCCUAUUGGUCAUCUUCGCUUUCAAAAAUCGCAACCAUUUGGGGCCUGGUCCCAAACAUUAAACGCAACAAAACUAGGUCCAGUUUGCUACCAGUCUAAAAAACAAACAACCAAGUAUCCAGGAUUAACCGAGGAUUGUUUGAAGCUAAAUAUAUACGUUCCCAAUGAAGUAUCUUUUUCCAAUAACAAAGCAGUGAUGGUUUGGAUCCACGGUGGAGGAUUUGCCUUUGGUUCUGGAGGAACUUACGAUGGCAGUCUGUUGUCCUUGAUUGGUGAUGUUAUUGUGGUAACUAUUAACUAUCGACUAGGAAUUUUCGGAUUUCUUCAAUCAAACAAUUAUAAGGCAAAAGGCAACGCGGGACUUUGGGAUCAAAUUCUUGCUCUUAACUGGGUAAGAUAUAACAUCAAAGAUUACGGAGGGAAUCCAAAAGACGUAACAAUAUUUGGAGAGUCUGCAGGAGGCAUGAGCGUGUCCUUACAAUCAUUGAUUCCUAGUAACAGAGGUCUAUUCCAUAGAGUUAUUGCUCAAAGUGGAGUUGCUAAUUCUCAUUUGGCUUUGCCAAAUAAAUCUGCAAAACAUACAAUCGAAAUUGGUGAAAUAGUUGGUUGUUCUCAAGAUAGAAUAAAGAAUGAGCAAAAUUUGAUUGAAUGUUUGCAAUCUGUAGAUGCUAUGGAUCUUGUCAACGCAUCUGACCAAUUAUUCCUAGGUUUAGGGUUUGACUCUAUGGUAGAUAUACCUUUUGCUCCGGCUAUUGAUGGAGAACUGUUCCACAAAACUCCAAACAUUUUGCUUCAAGAUCGUACCUCAUCCGAGUUUAACUUUUUCCAGUCUUUGGACAUGAUGAUCGGAACCUGUGAUAAUGAUGGCUCUCUUACAUUAGGCCUAUCACCUAGUUUCCAGUCAAAGUUAAAUUUAAAUUUCAGUGAAGGUUUACCUACUCGGGAAUUUUGUGAGAGCAUUAUACCUGUGUUUUCAAAAGCAUUAUAUAACAACAGCAGGGAUGUUUCAGCGGCAAUUUGCGAGAAGUAUUCUGUUACAAAUGAUAAUGAAGAACAAGCUCGGAUGUUUUUGCAUAUGUAUGCAGAUGCUGGUUUCGUCGCUCCUGCAACUCUUGCUUUGAAACAACACUCGAAUAGUGUCCAAGGAUCAACAACAUAUCAGUUUGUGUUUUCUGAAGAACUUCCUCUUCUUAAUCCAAAUGCUCCAUCAUGGUAUAGGGGUUCGGCACACGCAUCGGAUAUUUUUUUCAUGUUCUUUUAUGAAGAAAUGAAAAGAGUGUCGAAUUUUUCAAAAGAGACUGAUGCUUUAGUCGACCAAAUGAGAUCGUACUGGACCAACUUUGCUAAAACAGGGAAUCCAAAUGGUCCCAGUUUGCCGGAAUGGGGGUCGUUUGAUGCUAGCACAGGCCACCCAUUUAUGAACUUGCAAGCCUCAAAUAUAUCUUUGGAAACAAAUUAUAGAAGGGGAUAUACCGAUUUCUGGAAUCACAAAGUACCUUAUCUAUUUCAACAUAGAUGUGAUGAAAACAGCUGUGCGUUGCCUAUUGUUGGAUAAUGUUAGAUUGAUGUAUUACGAUGUUGAAUGUUCGAAACCGCUGUCUUGCGCCAGAAAUAAUUGUUUGCAUUCAUUUUUAGGUUUGAUGAAAACAGCUGGCCUUUCGAUAAUAUUAUGUUUAUAUAAUACAAUGGUGAUAUCAUGUGCUAAAAGUAUUUGUUAGCAUUUCAUUUUAAAAAUUUUAUAUUUUUAAAUGUUUUCUUUAAAUUUAGAUUCAUACAGCAUUCAUAUAUUUUGUAGAUGGAACCAAAGACCUAUAAAAUAUGGCAUUUUAA